UGUGUGACGUCUCACAAAGGCAUGAAUAAAUAGAACGAUCGACCGAAACAACAUCAGACCCCAUUCAGGUUGCUGGCUUCUAGAAAAGCCCAUAUAUCCGCAGCCACUACCAAUCUACAACAGGAUAAGCCGCAGUCAUGCAUCAAGAUCCUAAUCGUGAUCGUGAUGAACAUCGCAGCAUCGUUCUCACCCCAAAUUCUCCACCCGCUCGCACCAACUCCUCACAAAAUGGAUUCGCAACGGCACAUGGGCAGAACGGAUCACGAAAGGAGCCACAGACGCACGUUGCAUCGACAAACGUUUCACAUAACAAAAUCUCUACACAGCAAGCAUUCCAGUCGUCUGCAUCAUCAUGUCUGACGUCUGCCUCUCAGCAAUUACAUACGGCAUCACCUCAAGGCAUAUCGGAUGGAGAAUUGACCAGACAGAUUGAGUCAUGUAUCGAAGAGUUGGUUGAUCGAGGUAGGCAGAAUGGGCUGUGGUGCUACCGACAUGCGUCAAGUCAGCCUCCAAUUACUUCAGAGUCCUUGACGGAGCUUGACAUGCCUCGAAUUAUCAACAACCCCAAACUUCGGCACGAUGUCAACUUCGAUCGAGAUCUGCACUUCCGGCCAAACUUGGAUGGUUCUAAGGGAAAACAGAAGAUGCUUCAGGCAGAUCAAUAUUGGAAAGCACUCGAAGUCGAAUUUGCAGUAUACGCCAUCUUGCAACAACGUCGGAUGCAAUCUAACAACGAGCCACAUUGGUACCGAACUAUGAAGCUGGCGCUCAAACGAUUACCGAAUGUCUUCGUGGCUAUCCGUGAUAUCCUCAAGACUCUGGUUCCCGAUCAAGAUCAACGUUCUGUCACGGACAGAUUAGACGUAGCUCAUCUUGUUGACCAGGUCCACAAUGGAGUGUGUGACUUGGUAGACCUGGCGAACUGGCUGGCGAAGAUCUUGAAGAAUCACUGUGCUCCAAUGCGGGACUGUCUCGUCGAUGCCAUGCAGAAGACCAUCAUCGCCGGUGCUACUGAGGGUCGAGAGGACAAGCUGGUCAGCGGAUUGCGAUCUUUGAUGACCAUUCUUGAGGCCAUGAAGCUGGACGUCGCCAACCAUCAGAUACGGCACAUGCGGCCUUUGCUCAUCGAAGAUACCAUUAACUUUCAACGGAAGUACAACGCGCACAGACUUUUCGCUGGAAAGAUAGACGGUCCAAAAUCCAAACUCUGGCUUCAAAACGAAAUGGAGCUGAUGUGCUCAACGCCAUUGGACGCCUUGGUCUCUGCCACAAUCCGCGACCUGUUGUUAUACAGUCCGUCCAACUUGCCAAGUGCAUCGUCUUUCUACCUGGACGUGGAUCGAUUACGGACACUGCGAAGCGAGCUCCUGAACACCAUAUAUCUCGACCUCUGCCGACAGGUGUUGAAAGAAGUCUUGCGGGCAGACUUGAGCCAUCAGCAAGUCGGAAAUGCAUGCAACAUGCUUCAGAUGGCAAUCCCUUCAAUCGUUGGUUCUUCGACCAAAUUCCUCGAUCGCGCAGACUACGUCGCUGUCGAGAUUGUUCGCAUCGUCGUCGCAGUGGAGGAGCGUCAAGACAAGAAUGAUCUCACGCUUCUCGGCCCUGUGGAGCAGAUGUUGGCCAAUGCUCUUCGACCUGAUUCGAGAGCUCACGCUGCUACGUCACAGCAAGUCAUGGAACGACUCACAGUCAAGGUCCAGACACGUGUGAGGGAGAAUAUCAGGUCUUCCGCUCUCACUUUACAAGACAGCAUGGUGCCUGCUCCGGUCGCCUCACGCCCGACAACCGGUUUCGGAGCCGUAUGCGACCCAAGUGCAGCUCUUCAACGUCCAGGCUCCAACGACCCAGAUGAGAAUAUCGUUCGCCGCCUCACACACAUCCUCGUCCUUCACUGGCAGGUGUGGGCUGAUAUCCUUUAUCUACUUCCGUCGAGCCGUGACAGCAGUAGCAGUAGCGAAGACAGCGACGGUGAUGACAGCGACGGAAUGAGCACUAUCAUGACCUCGGCAGCAGCCUCGCCGACGCUACCCGUUGCGGAAGCUGUUUUCGCGCCAGGCCACAAGUUCCUUCCGGCGAACGUUGUGACUGGCGAUGCAUCGUCCCCAACUAGCGAAGUCUCUAUGCCUUCACCGAUCGACCUCUCAGCGUCAUCAUCGCUCUCCUCGAUGACAUCAUCUGACAACGCGAUUGCCGCCGCUUCGACCACAAAUAACCUCGUCAAUGGUGCCACUUCACAGCCGAUCUUCUCGGACCACGACAGAGAGGCGACUACAGAGAUGGACACUUCAAGUACGACGCUUUCACACAAUCCCUCCACAGGCAACGCAAGUGAGCAGUUCGAUCCAACACAACAGCCUUUUUAACCUGUCUGCUUCGAUUGUCACUCAUAUCUAUCAUUCACAUUGCCAAUCUCUUUCCGCCUUACUCUAUUAUGUCUCGGUACAGCCCUCACAUCCUCUAGAG